GGGCGGCCACAGAGGUCGGGCUUCCGAGUGCAGGGAAGGAGGGGGCGGGGAGGGAAGCAGAGGCUGGAGCUCUGGGCUGGCCGGCUGUGGCGGCGGCGAGGCCGGGACUUGGGCCGAAGGCCUGCCGUGGCGGCAGCGGUGGACGCCGAACUCUGCAGUUCCACUGGAAACCCCCCUGGUCAGGGUGGAGGAGGCGGGAAGCUGCGACCCAAGACAAAGACCUGGAGCUGCAGCCAAAGAAAAUAAACCUAGAGGGUGGAGGAAAAGAAGUCUCAGCUGUUGCUGAGCCUGUAGAGGGGACAGCAGCGCCUCGAGGGAGGCGGCUGCAUGUGGACUGAGAAGAGAGUAAGUUGCCAGGGCCGGAGAGCCUGGACGGGGUGAGGUGCGCACUCUGAGGCAGGUGGCCGCAAGGCAGGAGUGAAUGUGGCCUAGAGUGUGUGUCCUUGGUUCUGUGAGUCGAGCGUUCCUCUGGGGCCAUCGGGGCACUCAGCCCCCACGUUGUGCCAGGGUGGGGUGCAGGGUUGGUGCUGAGAAGGGUCACCCGCUGGCUGGAGCAGCAGAACAGUGGCCACGAUUGGUCUUUUGGAAGAUUUAAAACCCAAAAAGCAUAAACAUUCUGGUUCUUCAGCAAUGCUUUCUUUGAAGAAAUACUUAACGGAAGGACUGCUGCAGUUCACCAUUCUGCUGAGUCUCAUCGGGGUGCGGGUGGACGUGGAUACCUACCUGACCUCCCAGCUCCCCCCGCUGCGGGAGAUCAUCCUGGGGCCCAGCUCUGCCUACACGCAGACACAGUUCCACAACCUGCGGAAUACCUUGGAUGGCUACGGGAUCCACCCAAAGAGCAUAGACCUGGACAAUUACUUCACUGCCCGACGGCUCCUCAGCCAGGUCAGGGCCCUGGACAGGUUCCAGGUGCCCACCACUGAGGUGAAUGCCUGGCUGGUCCACCGUGACCCCGAGGGGUCUGUCUCCGGCAGCCAGCCCAGCUCUGGCCUGGCCCUUGAGAGUUCCAGCAGCCUCCAGGAUGUGGCCGGCCCAGACAGCGGGGUGCGAGAGAGUGACACGGAACAGGGAUUCAGUGGCGAUCUAGAGGACUUGGGGGCAGUAGCCCCACCAGUCAGUGGCGACUUAACCAAAGAGGACAUAGAUCUGAUUGACAUCCUUUGGCGGCAGGAUAUUGAUCUGGGGGCUGGGCGUGAGGUUUUUGACUACAGCCAUCGGCAGAAGGAGCAGGAUGCGGAUAAGGAGCAGCGAGAUGGGAGCGGAGAGCAGGAGGACACCUGGGCGGAUGCGGGCGCGGAGGCUCUGGCCCGAGACCUGCUAGUGGACGGAGAGACUGGGGAGAGCUUCCCUGCACAGUUCUCGGAGGUCACCAGCCUCCCAGAAGCAGUGCCUAGUGAGAACGAGUCCCCUGCCCUCCAGAACAGCCUGCUGUCCCCUCUCCUCACGGGGACAGAGUCGCCAUUCGAUUUGGAGCAGCAGUGGCAGGAUCUUAUGUCCAUCAUGGAGAUGCAGGCCAUGGAAGCCAACACGUCCACUGGCGACGUCCUGUACGGUGCCCCUCCAGGGGACGCUCUGGGCACCAACUAUAGCCUGGCCCCGAGCACACCCAUCAACCAGAACGUCAGCCUGCACCAGGCGUCCCUGGGGGGCUGCAGCCAGGACUUCUCGCUGUUCAGCCCGGAGGUGGAGAGCCUGCCCGCCCCCGGCAGCAGCCCCGCACUGCUCCCACUGGCGCCCAGCAACUCCAGUGGCCUCAACUCCACCUUCGGCCCUGCUGGCCUGGCCGGGCUCUUCUUCCCGCCCCAGCUCAACGGCACAGCCAACGACACGGCCGGCCCCGAGCUGCCCGACCCCCUGGGGGGCCUACUGGACGAGGCCAUGCUGGACGAGAUCAGCCUGAUGGACCUGGCCAUCGAGGAGGGCUUCCACCCUGCACAGGCCUCGAGGCUCGAAGAGGAGUUCGACUCUGACUCAGGCCUCUCCCUGGACUCCAGCCACAGCCCAUCCUCCUUGAGUGGCUCCGAGGGCGGCGCCUCCUCAUCCUCCGCCUCCUCCGCCGCCUCUUCCACGUCCUCCUCCGCCGCGGCCUCCUUCUCCGAGGAGGGCGCCGUGGGCUACAGCUCGGACUCCGAGGCCCUGGACCUGGAGGAAACGGAGGGUGCCGUGGGCUACCAGCCGGAGUACUCCAAGUGGUGCCGCAUGAGCCUGCAGGGCGCCGCACCGCUGCCGCGCCUUCCCUUCCCAGAGCACGUGGGCCAUAACCACACCUACAAUCUGGCGCCCGGUGCGCUGGACGCGGGCGAUGCGGCCCCGGCCGGCGGGCCCCGAAAGGGCGCGCGGGAGAAGCCGGCUGAGCUGUUGGAGAAGCAGCCGAGCCGCGACGAGCACCGCGCACGCGCCAUGCAGAUCCCCUUUACCAACGACAAGAUCGUGAACCUGCCUGUGGAGGAGUUCAAUGAGCUGCUGGCCAAGCACCCGCUGAGCGAGGCGCAGCUCAGCCUGGUGCGCGACAUCCGGCGGCGCGGCAAGAACAAGAUGGCGGCGCAGAACUGCAGGCGGCGCAAGCUGGACACCAUCCUCAACCUGGAGCGCGACGUGGAGGCGCUGCGGCGCGACAAGGCACGGCUGCUGCGCGAGAAGCUGGAGGCGCUGCGCGCGCUGCGCCAGCUGCGGCAGAAGCUGCAGAGCCUGUACCAGGAGGUGUUCGGCCGGCUGCGCGACGAGCAGGGCCGGCCCUACUCGCCCAGCCGCUACGCGCUGCAGUAUGCGGGCGACGGCAGCGUCCUGCUGCUGCCCCGCGCGCUGGCCGAGCAGCAGGCGCGGCGGCAGGAGCGCAAGCCCAAGGAGCGCAGGAAGUGAGCGAGCGCCGCGGGGCCGUGCUGACAGGAGUUCCUGAGAGAAGGGGGACCCAGGGCGGCGCUGCCCUCUGGGCACCGGACUGGGUCCUCUCUGUCCCUGCACUGCGGGGUGUCCGCCUAGUGGGAGCUGGCGUGACGGGGGCCGGGGCCGGGCCGGGGCACAGGGAGCGGGAGAGCCCAGCGUGCUGCAGCAGCCGACACCAAGCAUGCCGUCACUGCCCUGCCACUGCCUCCGCCAGCGCCAGUGCACCUGUCUCCUCAGCCUGCAUGGAACCGCUGCACCGGCCACCACCGCCCCGCAGGCCCUGGGCCGGAGCGCCUGGCUGCAGUGCCGGGGACCGGGCAGUGGGUGCGGGCUCGGACUUGGACCAGGAUGCGCAUGGCACAGUUGUGGUGCCCCGCACGGCCGGGUCCGGAGCGCCUGCGUGGGAGCAGGGCUGGCCUGGUCCUCAAAGCUGCUAAUCGUUCUCUUUUGCCAUAGACUUGGACCCUGCGUGCCGAGGUGGCGGCCACCUGGGGCUCUUCUAGAGGGCAAGCGCCGGCGCGGGCUGAAUGCACCCUCCCCAGGCCUUGCACCUGGCUUCCGAGAGGGCCGCUCCAGGACUGCGGGGUCUCGGUGUCCCUGCCAGGCUGUGUUGGUGACUGGUGGCCGUCCUGCCCCUUAUGCCAGGCCCUGGGAGGGUUGGGGCGCGCUGACCCUCCCCUAGGAGGGACAGGGCGUGGAGCCUGGGAGUGCUUUUUAUAAAUUAUUUUCCUCGUAGAUUUUAUUUUUAAUUUAUCUCUGACCUGCCAGGGAGAGGAGAGAAAGAGAUGCUGUGAGCACAUGACAAAAUAAAAUAAAAUAAAACGGUGA